AAUAAAAAGUUUCGUAAAUAUCACCCAAACUUUCUUCCAGAUGGCAAAAGGGUCUGCUUACCAGUACCAGAUUCCAUUUAUCCCUACAAAAAAAGGCUAAAGUUUUUAAAAAAAGAACUUGCUCAUCUGCUGGUGGAUGAUAUGUUCAUCGAAUUGACUGAUAUCAAACUUGGUCAAGGAGCGGUUGGCUUUGUCUUCAAAGGCUACGUUUUUCCACGAACUCGUACACGUUUUAAGCAAAAGGUUUUUGCUGCCGUUAAGAUGAGUUACCCAAUGCCACAAAAAUCAAUGGGACUAUUGGAAGAGGCUUAUCGUAUGGCAAAGCUGAAUCACCCAAAUAUCGUGAAGAUAAUCGCUGUCAACAAGCUGUCAUUUCAAGCUUUUCGGCCAAUGAUUGCCUUAGAGUGGUUAGCUGGAGGGUCACUAGCCGAAUACUUCCGAGAACACAUUCGAAAAGCUGAUGAUCCACCACCAGUAAGAGUUUUGGAUAUAGUGAACAUACUUCGCCAAGUCGCAGAAGCGUUAAAGUAUCUACACGAAAGUCGCGACCAAUCUGGAAAUGAAGUCACCCACGGCGAUGUUGCAGCUCGAAACGUUUUAUUGACAUCCACUGAUCUGACCAAUUGUAAAGCCAAACUAGGAGACUUUGGACUACCAAUCGACUUUGGACCAAGCCUUCCGGUCCCAUGGCUUCCACCUGAAAUAGUUUCAUGCUUAGAUCGAAGUCAUAUUGUACAUCGCACCGAAAGUGACGUUUGGAUGUUUGGAGUUCUCGGUUGGGAAUGUGCCACAUUAGGGGCUGAACCGCACUAUCAACGAACGGUCGAUGAGAUACAGCAAUGCUUCACCUGGCCAGACCGGGGUUUGCCAUGUCCCGCAUCUUGUCCCUUAGAUUUCUGGAACUUCUUGAUGGAUUGCAUGUCCGAACAACAUCGCCGACCAAGAUUCGCUGGACCAACUGACACUGUCUCAUCAGCAUUAUAUCGCCUUCGUACUCUGCAGUUAGUUUAUGAACGAGAUCCACGGCCAACGUUUGAAGUAUUUUACAACACCUCAAAUUGUACAUGCAACUGGCACCGAUGUAGCAUACCUUUGCCUUCAUUUAGUCCACGAUAA